AUGAACCUGGUCCUGGAGCUUCUCCUGCUGGUGGGCAUCAUCAUCUACUCCUACCUGGAGUCACUGGUAAAGUUCUUCAUUCCCCGGAGAAGGAAAUCUGUGGCCGGACAGACUGUUCUCAUCACGGGAGCUGGACACGGAAUAGGCAGGCUGACCGCUUAUGAAUUUGCAAAUCGAAAAAGCAGGUUGGUCCUGUGGGAUAUUAAUAAGCGCGGUGUCGAGGAAACAGCAGCCAAGUGCAGGAAGCUGGGAGCAGUAGUGCAUGUGUUUGUGGUGGACUGCAGCAACCGGGCGGAGAUUUACAGCUCUGUGGAUCAGGUAAAGAAAGAAGUAGGUGACAUCGAGAUCGUGGUAAACAAUGCUGGGGCAAUAUAUCCAGCGGACCUUCUUAGUGCCAAGGAUGAGGAGAUCACCAAGACCUUUGAGGUCAACAUUCUAGGACAUUUUUGGAUCAUAAAAGCACUCCUUCCAUCCAUGCUGAGAAGAAACUCUGGCCACAUUGUCACAGUGGCUUCAGUGUGCGGCCACGGAGUGAUUCCUUAUCUCAUCCCUUAUUGCUCCAGCAAGUUCGCUGCUGUGGGUUUCCACAGAGCACUGACUGCAGAACUCGACACCUUGGGGAAAACUGGUAUCAAAACCUCAUGUGUCUGCCCUGUGUUCGUGAAUACUGGCUUCACCAAAAACCCGAGUACAAGGUUGUGGCCUGUAUUAGAGCCAGACGAAGUUGCAAGGAGUCUGAUGGAUGGAAUACUUACCAACAAGAAAAUGAUCUUCGUUCCAUCCUAUAUCAAUAUCUCUCUAGUACUGGAAAAGUUUCUUCCUGAACGUGCCUUAAAAGCUAUAAGUCGCGUACAGAACAUUCAAUUUGAAGCAAUUGUGGGCCACAAAACCAAGAUGAAGUAA